AUGGCCGAAGUUUUGAGACGUUCAACUCGGCUUGAAGAGCUCCACCUAUUCGGCGUAGGAGUAGAUGGUUAUGCGGUCAAGACGAGUUCCACUACUCACCCUUGUGGUAAACAUGAUAUUUCGAUUGUACCAUGGGUCCGCCGGCUAUCCAUUGAUGGACAGCAGCACCAACGUCGCCUGGCUCUGGUCAACAGCAUUCCCUGGCUAGCGAAGCUGAGGGUCCUAGUUUUGGACAACCUCAACCUUCCUCUACUUCAAGCACAUAUCCUCAGGAACAAACCACCGUUGGAAAAGUUGUACAUUGCAGCAGAUCCCGGGACUGUCCUACAUGGCGGGUACAUCAACAUAUGCCAGGCAGUUGGCAAUCUCAUAUUCCCGGUGCACGAGCAUGCCCCUCUGGUGAGAGAACUACGUGUCGAUUCGAAUUUCAUCUUCUCCACAAGUCGGAUCACUGUAAAAACGGCUACUACUCUGGAAAGCCUAGAACUGGUGAUUCCAGACAUGGAAUUCCAAGUGCAUACGAACAAAAUUAAUUUCUAUCAGGAGGCUACUUUCCUUCUGCAUAGACUACAUAUCGCCAAACGAUUGCGCAAACUCAAAAUUUGCGUUCAUGGUGCCCUGUCUGAGGAAAGCCAUCACUAUGCAAACUUUAUUAUGGGGGCGUUAAAUAAUUGCGUCUCACGAAUGGAAUCUCUUCAAGUUAUUAAACUUCAUCUCUAUUCUCAGUCGCCCUGGUUUGCUCGAGAAUUCAUUAUAGCAGUGCCUCGAUCUGUCACUCGACUCUUCCUCACUGAUCUCUUCAUCUCGAGAGAUGUGGCUGAUCUCUCGGCCUUCAUUGGUGAAAAAACAAAGAUACCUUUGCAGGAUUCAGUUGAAACCGACAAAGCCUACGCGAUUGGAGAGGAUCUCCAGAGAGAGGACUUCAUUCAAUUCAGCGACAAUCAGCUGGCCUUCGUAGGCUACGAGUACGAUCUCCUUCUAGGUCGGAGUGCAGCAAAGCAAACCAAAGAUAUGUUCAAGUUUCUGAAGCUUAAUGGCAGAAUGCUGGACAAGGAACGAAACCGACACUUGGCUCCCCUGAAAGGAAAACAUAUACCGUUCAAGCAGAGCGGCGUCCAACAACACUCAGAGGCGGCUAAGGCAACCUCGAAGGCGAAAGUUGCCAAGCAUAGCAAAGAGCUUGUCAGUUGUGGCUUGGAUGACAACGAGUACUUUGGGAUGGAACAUGUCGCGGAAGCGCUCUUCGAGGAGGACCCGGUGGCUAAAGGUGCUCUCUACAGCUAUCCAGCCGUCUAUGAGGUCGAAACGGAAUUCAAGUUUUGGAACCACUGUAACGUACAGAACUGA